AUGACUUUCCCUGCAGCCAAUUUCAAGUCUUUAAUGAAUUUAUUACCGAAUAACACACUGAAGUACGUUGCAAUCCACAACCGCUACGAAUCAGAAACUCAGGUCCCUCAAGUCUUUUCUGAACCUCCAUUAAAUAUUUCGCCAAAUGGUACUCGCAAAGAAUGCCAACGGGGAGUCGUCCCUAUAAAGAUGGCGGCUGAGCAAAAUGAAUCUGGCUGCUCGCUCUACAUCUCUGGAAUGCUGAAUGGCCCCAGUCGGAUCGCUCUCCCAAGGUCGGAGCUGAAGAGAGCCAUCGUAAAGGCCCAACCUGCAGACCCCUGGAGUCUUCAUGAAACAACAUAUGGGCUUGUCGUGUCUUUCAGUAGAGAAGUCGACGCCGACAAAUUAAUUGGCUGCACAAAUUUCUCUGAUAUCUUACAGUGUCCAGUGCAGGUGGUUAAAUUCCGUGCAUGCGGUUCACACUAUCAACAAUCGAUUUUUCUUCAUGACGUACCUUGGGCUAUACCACUGGAAGAUUUGAGUUCUGCUUUGGAUAAACAAGGAAUCAAUUCAGCGACCCUUGAUCGAUGCCAGUCUCAUAUUCGAAUUAAGAUUCUCGAAGUAGCGGACUACGAGAAACUGAUUCGUGAGGGACUAAAUUUCUUCGGUAUCUGUCGGUUCAAUGCCCUCCCAGCGUUCACUGAUCGCACCCCCGACUUGUACCGGAGAAUAACAAACCCCACGAGGAGUCGGAGUGAUGUGCAACUAUUCCCUGGAUCGGGGUGGACCGCAGCUAAGGAUUACCCACAACAACCAGGAAAGUCAAUCCUCCAGUGUUAUCGCUGUCAAGGCUUCUGGCACAUGGCCGCCCAUUGUCGACAAUCUCCGAGAUGUGUACGAUGUGGUGAUGGGCAUUACGUUGACUUCUGCCCCAGAUCGAGGAAUAAUCCGAUCUGUUGUCAUUGCCUGGGCCCACAUCAUGCCGGCUUUCGACGUUGUCCCGUUCGUCUUCAGCUACUGAAUGCCACACCAAUCAGCCUUACCCUCAGCACGGAUCGUCUAGUCAUCGGAGAGGAUUCAUCGUCUGCUCACAGUAAUAUGCGAGCUAAAGCCGACAGUCCCCGUCAAAAUCAAGGGAAGUUGCAAUAAACAUCAAUUAUUGCUCAAGCACACUAUAAAAAUCUUACAGUAAAU